CCAAAAAAGAGUGGGCAUAAGUGUCUUUUGGGUCAUUUCACACACAUAACACAGAAUUAGGCACACAGGGCGCUAAAAUAAAAAAACGUUAUCACCAUUUUUGAGUUCUCUUUAGUCCAGACAAGUGCAAUGGCAGUGACAGUACACAAUGUCUUCCCUCAUCUCCCUGCUGCCUUCAAAUCCAAGGCUGUUACGACGCCUCGCCACGACUCACGCAGACUCAGAGCCAACUCUGUCAGGUGCUGCCAGCUGGCAACCUCCGACAAGCACCUAAUUACUGUGAGCAACGGCAACGAUUCGCUCGAUAUAUGCAGAGUACUGAACGGCAUGUGGCAAACCAGCGGCGGAUGGGGUCGCAUCGACCGAGAGGCCGCUGUUGAAGCCAUGCUCCGUUACGCCGAUGCCGGCCUCACCACCUUCGACAUGGCCGAUCACUAUGGGCCUGCUGAAGAUCUUUAUGGCAUCUUUAUCAAUCGAAUUCGUCGAGAGGGUCCACCAGAGUUACUGGAUAAGGUCAGAGGUCUCACUAAAUGGGUGCCUCCACCAGUUAAGAUGACGAGUAGUUAUGUCAGAGAGAGCAUCGAUGUAUCAAGAAGGAGAAUGGAUGUGGCUAGCUUGGACAUGCUUCAGUUUCACUGGUGGGAUUACUCUAAUCCGGGUUAUCUAGAUGCUCUAAAGCACCUUACAGAUCUGAAAGAAGAAGGUAAGAUAAAGACUGUUGCUUUGACAAAUUUUGAUACGGAAAGAUUACGUAUAAUUCUGGAGAAUGGAAUUCCUGUUGUUAGUAAUCAGGUGCAACAUUCGAUUGUUGACGUACGUCCUCAACAGAGAAUGUCAGAGCUUUGUCAGCUUACAGGAGUCAAACUUAUAACGUACGGCACAGUAAUGGGUGGUUUGUUAUCGGAGAAGUUCCUUGAUACCAACUUAGCCAUUCCUUUUGCUGGCCCCCCAUUGAACACUCCCUCCCUUCAAAAGUACAAAAGGAUGGUUGAUGCCUGGGGAGGAUGGAGUAAGUUUCAAGUUUUGCUUCAGACGUUAAAAAAAAUAGCUACAAAACAUGGGGUGUCAAUCCCAGUUGUUGCUGUGAGAUACAUACUAGACCAGCCUGCAGUAGCAGGGUCAAUGGUAGGAGUUAGACUUGGUUUGUCAGAACAUAUACAAGACACAAAUGCCAUAUUUUCGCUUGCCCUCGACGAAGAAGAUCUGAACAGCAUACAGGAAGUUUCUAACAAGGGUAAGGAUUUGCUUAAAGUGAUUGGUGACUGUGGAGAUGAGUACAGGCGUUGAUUGUCACCUCAUCUUUUUACUUCCAGGAAAACAAAAAACGUAUUGCUCUCAUCUUGUAUCCAUUAUGAAUAUUGUAUAUCUCUCAUACGCUAGAUUAUAGUCAAAUGUUGUCUUGUUUAUUGAAAAUCUGGCGUUCCAUGACUUUACCAUAACUAAUUUUAUAUAAA